AUGGAAAAUAAUAUAGAAAAUAAUAAUAAUGAAUAUGAUAAAAAUAAUGAAAUAUUAUUUUGGAAAGUUUAUCGUAAUGUUUAUUUAAAUAAAUAUAUUUAUGAAAUUUUAACUUGUAUGGAUAUAGAAUGUAAUAAUAUUAGAUACCUUAAUCUGGAUAGUAGAGCAAAAUAUAAAAAUAUUAAAUCAUUAGAAUUUAUGGUUGAAAAAAAAUUGUUUGGAUUGUUAAGAUAUAAAAUUGAAAAUGAUGAAUUCAUUGACAUUACAACAAAAGGAGUUAGAGAAUUAAUUAAGGCAUCCUCAUUCAUAUCAGUAACUAUCACACCUGAGGGCAAAAAAUUACAAUCAAGGGUUGAUAAUGAAAUGGCAAUUGAAUUAUUUAAAUUAUUAUUAAAUAAAAAAACUUGUCAUGUAUUGGAAACCCAACCAAUUAAUAAUGCAAUACUAUAUAGCAGAUAUAGAAUCAUAGAGAUCUUAAUAAAUGAACCAUAUAAUACAGAUACAGAUAUUGAAGUUUUUUUAUUUUCAAUUAGGAGAUUAAUGCCAGUUUCAAUUUUAAAAAAAUUAUAUGAAAAUAGUUUAAGGUUUGGUGGUGCAAUGGGUUUUGAUAAAAUGAAAAGUAAUGUAUAUGGUGUUUCAAAUUGUGAAACUCUAAAUUACCUUUUGGAUACUUUAAAAAUAAAUGUAAAUAAUAUUAAAUUAUUUCAAGUUUCAUUACCAAUGAAUUUCUUUUCAUCUAGAUUUUCAAUAGAUUUUUUAUUAAAAUUGGUUGCUGUUGGUUAUUUUAAUGAAUCCAUUUCAAAAUCUUACGAGGAUCCAGUUGAAUAUUUUUCAACAAUAAUUGAUUCAUUUAAUAAAUCAAAACAUUCAAAGAUUAUAACCAUAGAUAAAAUAGAUCUAUUUUUUGAAUUGUAUUUUAAUAUUAAUCAAAUUAAAAAAACAAUAACUCAAUACGAUAUUGAUUUGAUUAAAAAUGAAAUUUUAUCAAUAAAAAGACAAAAUAAUAAUAAUAAUAAUAAUAAUAAUAAUAAUAAUAAUAAUAAUAAUAAUAAUAAUAAUAAUAAUAAUAAUAAUAAUAAUAAUAAUAAUAAUAAUAAUAAUGAAUCAUUAACAACUCAACAAUUAUUUAAAUUUUUAGUUGAAACUACAAACUCAAGAAAAUUAUACAAAUUAUAUUAUUAUAAUUAUUUUGAAUUAGUUGAAGAAAGUGAAAUAUUAAAAUUAAAUUUUCUAAACACACAAAAAACCAAUUAUAUUCUAAGUAUUAUUAAAAGUUUUAUCUCUAUUAAAGGUUGCAAGGAUAAUGGUGACGGUGGCCAAUUAGAUAUUAAUAAUUUUAUUAAAUUUUUAAAAUCAUUUUCAAAUCAAUAUAAAAGAAAAAAAUGCUCAUUAGAUAAUGUGGCAUUUAAUUAUAUUAGGAGUACAAUUUUUAAACAUGUAAAUGAUAAAGAAACCUAUGAAAUAAUUAAAAAAUCAAUCAACAAUACUAAAUUAUUUAAUAUACUUCAAUUACCAGUGGAAUGGAAUUCAAAAUUAAAACAAUUAAUAAAUGAAAAUGAAAUUCUUAUUAUCGAUUCAAAGGAAACCAUUGAUUGGUUAUAUAAAGCUACGAAAUCAGUUUAUUUAAAAUCAAUUUACAAUCAAAAGAGAAUACGAGAAAUGGUAACAUUUGAAUCUUUUUCAUUAUUUCAAUAUACAACUAAUGUUCUAGAAUCAACUCUCAGUAGAAAACAUGUUGGUAUAUAUAAAACUCCUAUAAUAUUAAAACCUAUUAAAUGGUCACAAAUAUUAAACAACCCAUUAUCAGAUGCAUUAACUCAAUGUAAUUUAAUAGAUGAAAUAAUUGAUCCACAAUUUCAAAAUAAAACGAUCAAUAUAAUUCACUUAAUUAAAUCAUUAAAGAUUAAUAAUUUCAAAUUUGAAGGAUCAAAUUCUGAUUUCAAACUAAAUUUUAAUUUAAAACUAAUUAAAAAUUUUAUUAAUCAAAUCAAUAAUAAUAAUAGCAAUAAUAAUAAUAGCAAUAAUAAUAAUAAUACCUUUGAAAUUUUAUCAAAAAUUAAAAUUGAUUUAUCAAAACAGAAAAAAACCCAAGUAAUCAAAGAACUAUAUGAUUCAAUAAUUGGAUUGGAUUUAAACCAUUGCUUAGUAAUAUUAAAUGGUAUUGAUUUAUUUGAUGAUAUCGAUAUAAAAGGAAGUUAUAUUGAUUGUUUUUUUGAUUUUUGGAAUUGGAUUUCCAAAAAUCAAAAUAAAUCACCAAUAUCAAAUUUAAUUUAUAUAAAUUAUUGUAAUGUACCAUAUAUAAACACUGAUAUUGAUAAAUUCAUUCAGUUUUUUAAAUUUUGGAUUAAUAAAGCAAUCUCAACCUUUAAAGAAAUUAAUAAUUCCACUUCAAAUGUCUUCAAUAUAAAGCAUAUAGCCUUUUUCCAAACAAUAAUUAAUCAUCUAUACAAUAGACUCAUUCAAAUUAGAGGUAUCAAGUUUUUACAUUUAUUUGAAAUUAGAAAAUUAAUUAUUGAUAUUAAUAAAUAUAUAAAUAAUAAUAAUAAUAAUAAUAAUAAUAAAAAUAAUAAUAAUAAUAAUAAUAAUAAUAAUAAUAGUAGUAAUAAUAAUAAUUGUAUAGUUAUAAAUCAUAAUUCAUAUCAUGUAUUUUAUUAUUUAUUGAUAAAGUACCCAAGUAUUAUAAAAUACUUUUUUUUAGUAGCUGAUAUUUCAAAACCUCUUGAUGACAAACUUUAUAUUUAUGAUUAUAAUUAUGAUAAAAUGAUACUCAGAGAACCAAAUGGUUCAAAAGAUAAAGUUAGAAGAUUAUUGGAUGAAAAUGUUUUCACAUUUGAUUACAUUUUUGGUAAUAUCAUAUGUAAAUUUGAAAACUGUUAUAAUCCAACCAAUGGUGCACCAUUUGAAUCAAUUUUAGAACAUUUCAAAUCAUUCAACAAUAAUAAUUUACAUAAUGCAAAUAAUUUCUCACAAAUUUAUUAUUACUCACAUCAAUUAAAUUAUUUUUUAGAUAUUAGAAGGUUUGAUUUAUUCUUAAAAGAGGUUAAAACCAUUCAAUCUCUAAAUAAAACAAUUGAAAAUAUUGAUGGGGUAAUUGAUAAAAUCAUUAAAUAUGUUUCCAAUAUUAGCCAAACAAUAGAUUUUCAACUAUUACAGGAAUCAAUAGAUGCAUUAUCAACUUUGGUUAUUGGUGGAAUUAAAAAAUGUUGUCAAGUUUAUUUGAAAUGUGCAAUUGUUGACCAAAGAACUGAAAUCAUAUCCUAUAUUAUCAAUCACUAUAAUUUAGAUUCACUCGACUCCAAAUAUUCAAUUCAUAUUCCCAAUUAUAAUAUAUAUGAAUAUCUAUAUCAAAACCAUCCCAAUUUUAAGAUUCCUUCAUCAGGGUUAUUUUAA